AUGGUCUACGACACGAUCGUGGACGUCCAGAACUGUGCCAAGUUUCAGCAGGUAGUGCUCACUUGGCGCUCUGGCUGGCGGGACACCAUCCCUUAUGCGGAUGCCAAUCCCUAUAUCCGCUCGAGUCGAUGGUGCUGGCAUGACAAUGUCCAGUACCGUGUGGCCGAAUACCACAACGGCUGGGAGUUUUGGAUGACGAAGAGGAGGCUGGAGAUGCUGGCCUACAAGGACCUCGGCCCGAUCGUCCUGUCCAUGUUCCACCCGGGAGAAUGA